AUGGCUGUUCAGUCAAAACUAUUGCCGCCCGACCGCUCCGUCAAGCAGAUCCUCUCCAGUGUGACCUCCCUGUACUUCCGACACCGAACUGGCAUAUCCCGCACCGUCUAUCUUGCCCUCUUUGCUGCGCUCGCCAAGCGAAUUCACAAUGCAAUCUCGGAACAGAAAGCUGCCUCGCAGCAGGUGGAGCUGCGCCGCCGGCCUGGCACCAGCUCCCUCGGUGAUGAGGAACAACCGCGGAAGAAGCGGGUGGAGAUCAACCGGGAAUUCUUCAAGCACUUGCUACGUCUAUUGAAGAUUGUGAUCCCUGGCUGGCGGAGUAAGGAGCUGCGGCUUCUGGUGAGCCACAGCGUUUUUCUCGUGCUACGGACUCUGCUGAGCCUGUACGUGGCCGAGCUGGAUGGCCGACUGGUGAGCAACCUGGUGCGGGGAAAGGGCAAGGAUUUCUUGCUAGGUCUUGUGUGGUGGAUGAUUGUGGCUAUUCCAGCGACAUUCACAAACUCCAUGCUAUCCUAUCACCAAUGCAAGCUCUCCCUCAGCUAUCGCAAACGGUUGACCGACUAUAUACACGACAAGUACCUGUCAAAUAUGACAUUCUACGCCAUCUCCGCCCUGGACGACCGGAUCAAGAACCCCGACCAACUAGUCACGGUCGACGUGUCGCGCUUCUCCGAUAGCUUGGCAGAACUAUACUCCAACCUGGCCAAGCCGAUCCUAGACAUGUGCAUCUACAACUACUCCCUCUCUAAGAAUGUCGGAGGAGAAGGACUCUUCAUCAUGAGCUUGCUAGUCCAACUGUCAGCAAAUGUCAUGCGCAUGCUAACGCCGCCAUUUGGCAAAUACGUCGCAGACGAGGCUCGACUUGAGGGUGAAUUCCGUUUCCUCCACUCACGACUCAUCGAUUAUAGCGAAGAAGUCGCGCUCUAUCAUGGCCACGAGGCCGAGAAGGAUACCCUAGAUAAGGGCUAUUUCACAUUAAUCAAGCAUGUAAAUCGCAUUUUGCGGCGGCGUCUUUAUCAUGGAUUCAUGGAGGAUUUCGUCAUCAAGUAUUUCUGGGGUGCGCUUGGCUUGGUUCUUUGCAGUUUGCCAGUCUUCUUCAAGAUCCCUGGUCAGGUCACUCAGACCAUGGGAGAUCGUACCGAAAGCUUUGUUACAAACCGACGGAUGCUGCUGUCCUCGUCGGAUGCAUUUGGUCGCCUGAUGUUCUCAUACAAGGAAAUAUCGGAGUUAGCCGGUUACACCUCCCGUGUCUCGUCACUCCUGGAGGUCAUGGACGACUUGGUAGCUGGACGUUUUGAGAAGAAGCUGGUCUCUUCGGCGUCAACCGAGGAAAAUGCAGCUGUCUUAUCUGGCCGCGGCGAAGUCAUGGAGAGUGAGUCUAUCGAAUUCACCGAGGUUCCAAUCGUCUCGCCGAACGGCGAUGUCCUUGUGCGCAGGUUGUCGUUCACCGUUCACCCCGGUGACCAUCUGCUCAUUGUCGGACCCAAUGGGUGUGGCAAAUCCUCCCUCUUCCGUAUCCUCGGUGGGCUCUGGCCAGUGUACGGAGGCACAGUCAGGAAACCUCGGUUCGAGGACAUCUUUUACAUCCCCCAGCGACCCUAUCUGUCUCGCGGGACGCUGAGGCAGCAAGUCAUCUACCCCGAUGGCGUGCGCGAGAUGCGCGCCAAAGGUGUCACUGAUGCGGAUCUAUAUGAGAUUCUGUCGGUGGUUGAGAUCGCAUCUGUUGUCGACCGGCCCGGUGGUUGGGAUGCUGAGGAAGAAUGGCGCGACGUGUUGUCAGGCGGCCUGCAGCAGCGCAUCGCCAUGGCUCGCUUGUUCUAUCACCGUCCCAAGUUCGCCAUCCUUGACGAGUGCACUUCCUCUGUGACGCUGGAGAUCGAGAAAGUCAUGUACGAGACUGCCAAGAAACUAGGCACCACCUUAAUGACGGUAUCGCACCGCCGCAGUCUGUGGAAGUAUCACCGGAAGAUCCUCCAGUUCGAUGGACAGGGCAGCUACGUCUUCACUGAUCUCGACUGGGAGCGACGGCUGGAACUGGAAGAUGAGAAGGACGAACUUGAGCUACAACUGCGGGCUGUGCCAGAACUCCAGCGACGGGUGGCGGAAUUAACAGCGACCUAA